CAGUAACUGCAGUGUUGCUGCUAAGUGGGGGCACACCGUAUCACAGACAGAAAUCAGUGUGCAAUGAGGUGGACGUAUUCUUGUCCCGAGUGACUAGCUGGCUUUGUGAUCCAGCAAGUGGUGGGGUGACAAGAGCGACCGGAGAGGGAACCAAACCUCAGUGUACCUACAACUUUGGAUAAAGGAAAACCCAUCCCCAGGAUCUGCUUCUGCGUUCGGAGAUGACUCUCUUACAUGAUGGGCGGCAGCAAGACUAGACCUGAUGAUAUUUACAUUUUCCUUUGUGUCUGAUUUGCGUGAUGAGAUGCACACAUUCUUCACCUUGAGUGGCAGUUGUUUGAUGACUGACUCUACUUUGGAAACCUUUUCUUUGGGAAAUUGACAGAAGCGCGCUCCCCCUGUGGUGUGGCCAUUCUGGACCUGAAGUUCGUCGCCGAGAGCCGAAUUUUUAUGAUACAGAACUUUUCCCCCCAGCUCAUGAAUUGGACCUUGCGCACAGUGACAUGGAUGAAUCUUCAGUGAUGCUUGGCACGAUAGACGUUUCUUACCUGCACGGUUCAUCAGAGUACAGCCUUGGCCGAUGUAAACAUGCCAAUGAGGACUGGGGUGACUGUGGGUUCAAACCUACGUUCUUCAGAUCUGCGACAUUAAAAUGGAAGGAGAGUCUCAUGAGUCGGAAGAGGCCCUUUGUGGGAAGGUGCUGCUACUCCUGCACGCCCCAGAGCUGGGAAAGGUUUUUCAACCCCAGUAUCCCAUCUCUGGGUUUGCGGAAUGUUAUUUAUAUCAAUGAAACUCACACAAGGCACCGAGGAUGGCUGGCAAGACGUCUUUCUUACAUCCUUUUUGUUCAAGAACGGGACGUCCAUAAGGGCAUGUUUGCCACCAACAUCACUGAAAACGUACUGAACAGCAGCAGAGUCCAAGAGGCAAUUGCUGAAGUGGCUGCUGAGUUGAACCCAGAUGGAUCUGCCCAGCAGCAGUCCAAAGCUAUCCAGAAAGUGAAAAAGAAAGCCAGGAAGAUCCUGCAGGAAAUGGUUGCUACUGUCUCCCCAGGCAUGAUCAGGCUGACUGGCUGGGUAUUGCUAAAGCUCUUCAACAGUUUCUUCUGGAACAUUCAGAUUCACAAGGGUCAGCUUGAGAUGGUUAAAGCUGCAACCGAGACGAAUCUGCCGCUCUUGUUCCUGCCGGUGCAUAGAUCCCACAUCGACUAUCUGCUGCUCACCUUCAUUCUCUUCUGCCAUAACAUCAAGGCGCCAUACAUCGCCUCGGGCAAUAACCUCAACAUUCCCAUCUUCAGCACCUUGAUUCACAAGCUUGGGGGCUUCUUCAUAAGAAGGAGGCUUGAUGAAACCCCAGACGGACGCAAAGACAUUCUCUAUAGAGCGCUGCUUCAUGGGCACAUAGUUGAACUGCUCCGGCAGCAGCAGUUCCUGGAGAUCUUCCUGGAAGGCACGCGCUCCCGGAGUGGGAAGACCUCCUGUGCUCGGGCAGGGCUGCUGUCGGUGAUAGUGGACACUCUGUCCUCCAACACCAUCCCUGACAUCCUUGUCAUUCCUGUGGGCAUCUCCUAUGAUCGGAUAAUCGAAGGCCACUACAAUGGUGAACAGCUGGGCAAGCCCAAGAAGAACGAGAGUCUUUGGAGCGUGGCGAGAGGCGUCAUCAGGAUGCUGCGGAAGAACUAUGGAUACGUCAGGGUGGACUUUGCACAGCCAUUUUCCUUGAAGGAAUAUUUAGAAAGCCAAAGUCAGAAACCUGUGUCUGCUCCCCUUUCUCUGGAGCAAGCACUGUUACCAGCUAUUCUUCCUACAAGACCUAAUGAUGCUGCUGAUGAAAGUCAAGACACAUCCAGCAACGAGUCCAGAAACGCAGUGGAUGAAGCCUUCCGAAGAAGACUGAUUGCGAACCUGGGCGAGCACAUUCUCUUCACUGCUAGCAAGUCCUGUGCUAUCAUGUCCACCCACAUUGUGGCCUGCCUGCUCCUUUACAGACACAGGCAGGGCAUCCACCUCUCCACAUUAGUGGAAGACUUCUUUGUGAUGAAGGAGGAAGUCCUAGCUCGUGACUUUGACCUGGGAUUCUCCGGGAAUUCAGAAGAUGUCGUCAUGCACGCCAUCCAGCUCCUGGGGAACUGUGUCACCAUCACACACACUAGCAGGAAGGACGAGUUUUUCAUCACCCCCAGCACAACGGUCCCCGCAGUCUUCGAACUCAACUUCUACAGCAACGGGGUGCUUCAUGUCUUCAUCAUGGAAGCCAUCAUAGCCUGCAGCCUGUAUGCUGUUCUGAAUAAGAGGGGCUCGGGAGGGUCUGCUGGUGGCAAUGGCAGCUUGAUCAGCCAGGAGCAGCUGGUGCGGAAGGCAGCCAGCCUGUGCUACCUUCUUUCCAAUGAAGGCACCAUCUCUCUGCCCUGCCAGACUUUUUACCAAGUUUGUCACGAGACAGUGGGGAAGUUCAUCCAGUACGGCAUUCUCACGGUGGCAGAGCAGGAUGACCAGGAAGACGUCAGUCCUGGCCUUGCAGAACAGCAGUGGGACAAGAAGCUUCCAGAACCUCUGACCUGGAGAAGUGAUGAGGAAGAUGAAGACAGUGAUUUUGGCGAGGAGCAGCGAGAUUGCUAUCUGAAGGUGAGCCAGUCCAAGGAGCACCAGCAGUUCGUCAGCUUCCUGCAGAGGCUCUUGGGGCCCUUGCUAGAGGCCUACAGCUCUGCCGCCAUCUUCGUCCACAACUUCAGUGGUCCAGUCCCCGAGUCUGAGUACCUGCAGAAGUUGCACAGGUACCUUCUCACCAGGACAGAAAGGAAUGUCGCAGUCUAUGCUGAGAGUGCCACCUACUGUCUUGUGAAGAACGCUGUGAAAAUGUUUAAGGACAUCGGGGUUUUCAAAGAGACCAAGCAGAAGAGAGUCUCUGUUUUAGAACUGAGCGGCACUUUCCUACCUCAGUGCAACCGGCAGAAACUCCUGGAGUUCAUUCUGAGUUUCGUGGUGCUGUAGGGCUCUCUCGGCACCUACGGCGAGGGAGGGGCCGCUGACAAGGGAGUCUCUGCAGGCUCCAGUCUGACCCAGAGACCCAGAGCGGCAGGUGUCCUGGUGUGGCCCGCCUGCCUUACCCGAGGAGACCUCCAGGAAGCUGCGUGCCUUCUGCCCACCCCGUGGACCUGCGCUCCGCCCAGCACCUUCGCAGUGGCCUGCGCGGAGCACUUGGGGCCAGUGCCAUGUGUGAUUCAUGAUCUCUAGGUCACUAGGGGAAAUCUCAGUAAGUUAUUUUGGAGUUUAUUAAAGAUUCACAUUUUAAGUUUGACUUUUAAGGACUAGUUACUGUGAUGGACAUAGAGGUGUCUGUAGAACUGAGUCCUGUACAGUGUGUAAUAAUGUUUCCUUUAAGUAAUUGGGUCCAUUCUCCGUCUCCCUCUUACCAUCCUACCGCUGUCAGCAGAGCUCUGGUGUGCUUUACUAAGGAAUGACUCUGCCCUGGGCUGGCAGUCUCAAUGUGCGUUUGAAUGGCUGCCUGGAAGCAGACGAUACUGUGUAAGGCAGGAAGUGAGGUAUGGUGACCAAAGGGCCAGUGCCAUGAGGUGAAUCUGGUUGGCAAGGUGAAGCUGCGCUUGGCCAGAAAGGUGGCACGGGAGGCUUUUUGUUCACUGACAAAGUGCCAUGGAGUUAAUGUCCAGCAAGUGCUUAGAGUUGCUGCUGUUUGGCAGCUGUACCCUUCCCGCCCUUUAAGGGCAGGCAUCUGCGCUUCUUAGGGGCCUCCAGCCAGUCAGCUUCUGUGCUGGUUGUAGCUCGGCUGGAGGGUUUCCAGACACUGUCUGGACGACUAGUACUCAGAUGGCGUGCUGUGCAGCCUGUGUGGCGUGCACAGUGACCCUACAGAGCAGCAGACGGUUGCAAGCCUUUGUAGAUUUUAAGCUCUGAGAAGACUCCUUGGUUCUUUAGACAUUUGUAUGAGCUACAUACCCAAACUCCAUUGCCACUUAAAGGCAAAUAAUUAUGAAAAUUUUCUGUUUUCAAGGGGUAGGUGCCUUUUUGUGAGCAAGGAGCAUAAUUGUUGGUUACUUGUGGUAAUGAUGGCGGUUUCUUAAUGAUCAUGUGACAAGACAAUUUCUAGCAAUCUACUGUCCAUAUCUCUAUGAUUUUAUGGAAUAGGAACUUUUCUGAUGAGUGUUCCAUAGAUAAUUUGAAUAUAUAAAAGUAUUAGGGAUGAGACUUGUACUUUCCUGAACUUGAAUUUUUAACACUAAUAGUAUCCUACGAGAGACGUGUAUGUUGGGGAGGUGGGAUCCUGCCUGGCAUCACACAGUGCAUGAAAUGGCUGGUUUGGAGCUCAGAGCAAUAAUGCUGUGCUGUGCUGGUCUCCGCCCUUCGCAACUGUGCAUGUCAGAUCUCCUCUCCUCUGCAUCAGUUCCCUGUCCAUUGUAACUGUGGGUGUGGAGUGAGAUGGUCACCUGUUAGCCUUCCAUGUUGUUAACGAGGGUGGACUUGGAGGAUACCCAGAGAGUCUGGCUUACUCCCUUGGGGACACCCUUCUGGGGACUCAAGCAUUUUGCUGAAAGUGGCUGCAAAGCUGUGGACCUGACCUCCCAGUGGGCACUGCUGCCCUGCCUGGCACCUGCAAGCAGCUGCUGCUUCUGCAGCCUGCAGAAAAACAUGCGCUUCCCUUGCCGUGGCCUCCCUUCUGGUCAGUUUCAUUUUAGGGGCUUCAGUUCACGUGCUAUUGCCAGACUUAACUCACUGUGAGAUGUGUGCAUGCUUUUGUAAUCAACUGGUGCUUUGAAACCUUUCUACGGAGGAGAACUCUCAACCAAAGUUAUGCUCAUCCCAACAAGCUGACCCUUGAGUUAAUUUAGCACAAUUCAUUCUUCAGUGCCUCGUUAGGAAGAGAAAAGGGAUCACGAUAAGACUUGCAGGUAGCCUGUUGGCUAAUAGAGACGGCCCCUUGUUUUCAGCAGUGGGUGGCUUCCCCGGAAGAUCAAACAAACUCGGUGCUUGUGUAUAAUUUAUUACAGUUUACUCUAUUGCAUUUCUGUCACACUGAAAUGCAUGCCCUUCAGGGGAAGACUGUGAGUCAAGUUAAAUAAAUAAAAACCUAAUACUAAGCAAUAUGAAGCUGCACUUCUUUUUAAAUGAGGCUAACCCAAGUAAAUCAGAAAGGGGAGGGAGGAGUAUUUGCUUUUGUGAUCCUAUUGAACCAAGUGCUUAGGGGAGUGCAGCCAGGGUGCAUGCGCUGUGCCCUUCCUGGCUCUGCUGACCCUUGGCCGUCAUGAGGGUGAGUGCAGAAAGUAGAUAUGGGGUGGCAGCGAACGGGAGCUGGGACAGGAGUUCCUGCACCCUGUUUCCCACAGUGCUCUGAGAUGUGUGUCUGGGUUCUGGGGUACGUGGGACACCGCAGCGCACUACACAAGCCUGCUGAACCUAGGAUUUUCCAAACUGUUCUGACCUCAGGACCUCUCUCCCCUCUGGGGCGCCUCACUGCAUGCCAUGGAAAACAUUAAUUAGUUCUUUAAGCAGACCAGUUGGUCACAGACAGUGGCGCCAAGGCAGAAUUUGCAGACUUUUGUUACCAUCCACGAUGCACCGAGUGAGGAUGUUAUUUUUCCUCGCUGGAAAGCGGAAGCACAGAACAUUGGCUGGAGUGCUUUCCUUUGAUGGAAGUCAGCUACCCACGGCCCUGGCCUUUUAAACUGAAAAUAGCAGAAUUAAUACAAGGAUGAAUUGGGGUAAAUAAUAAAGGUUUUAAUUCAGAUCUACAAGAAAACACUGCACAAUUGAAUGCAGAUUUUUAUCCGUAGAUAACUGUAGUGUUUUGAAAUGAUCUUUGACGUUUAUAAGACUUACUAUGGGAUGUAAAUCUGUUUUUUAACACUUUUUAGGAGCUUGAGAGUUGCCAUCUGGCAUUUAGUUUAGCACAAGCAAUGACUGCUUCUCGAGACUCUCGACCUUCCUUCCCAACAGCUAAAGGGCUAAUUGUCUCUAUGGAAGGUGUUUGUUACAGUAUUUGCCCAUUGUACAACGUACACGAGAUUGUUCUGGAAAGAAUUACUACUGUAGAAUAGCAUUGUAUGAUUUUGUGAGUGGCACUGCCUUGGAAAUGUUGGCUGAUUUUUAUGCCUGAUGACGGUGUAUCCUGAGAAGCAUGGAAAUGGAUUUUGUUUUAAUAAACCAGAAAAAAAAAACCC